GGGUCCCCGCGCUCCGGCCACUCUUCCUGCAGCGGUCCUUCUGCCUUCCUCCCGAGGAAGGGCUGCAGCGGUGCAAGGCGCUUGGGGCGAGCCGCGGUCAAGCGACCGAAGUUGCAGCUAAGGCGCGGGCGACUUUCCCACCUCCUCCCUCCGCGCGGGAAACUCCCUUUCGCUGCAGGGGGAGGAGCCGAGGUCCCCGGUUCGAGGGUCUCCUCCCUCCCGGCCCCGCUGGGUGGGGCGGACUUGGGGGUCGCGAUGACCCAGGAGCGGCCUAAGUUCUACCGGCAAGAGCUGAACAAGACCAUCUGGGAGGUGCCCGAGCGUUACCAGAACCUCUCGCCGGUGGGCUCUGGAGCUUACGGCUCCGUCUGCUCUGCCUUUGAUGCUAAAACUGGCCUCCGUGUGGCAGUGAAGAAAUUGUCCAGACCAUUUCAGUCUAUCAUACAUGCCAAAAGGACCUACCGCGAACUGCGACUGCUCAAACAUAUGAAACAUGAAAAUGUUAUUGGACUUCUAGAUGUAUUCUCACCUGCGAAAUCAUUUGAAGAGUUCAAUGAUGUAUACCUUGUAACCCAUCUUAUGGGAGCAGAUUUGAACAAUAUUGUAAAAUGUCAGAAACUCACAGAUGACCAUGUACAGUUUCUCAUCUAUCAAAUUCUUAGGGGUUUGAAGUAUAUCCAUUCUGCUGAUAUAAUACACAGAGAUUUAAAACCUAGUAACCUAGCUGUGAAUGAAGACUGUGAGUUGAAGAUUUUGGAUUUUGGGUUAGCACGGCAUACAGAUGAUGAAAUGACAGGAUAUGUAGCAACUAGGUGGUACAGAGCUCCUGAGAUCAUGCUGAACUGGAUGCAUUACAAUCAAACAGUUGAUAUUUGGUCAGUUGGAUGCAUUAUGGCUGAACUUUUGACUGGAAGAACACUGUUCCCUGGUACAGACCAUAUUGAUCAGUUGAAGCUCAUUUUGAGACUCGUUGGAACCCCAGGCCCUGAGCUUUUGAAGAAAAUCUCUUCAGAGUCUGCAAGAAAUUACAUACAGUCCUUGUCUUACAUGCCGAAGAUGAAUUUUGAAAAUGUAUUUAUUGGUGCGAAUCCUCUAGCUGUAGACUUGCUGGAGAAGAUGCUGGUGCUGGACACAGAUAAACGGAUCACUGCUGCUGAGGCUUUGGCCCACGGCUAUUUUUCUCAGUAUCACGACCCAGAUGAUGAGCCAGUGGCAGAUCCUUAUGAUCAGUCUUUUGAAAGCAGAGAACUUGAUAUUGAGGAGUGGAAGAGCCUGACCUAUGAUGAAGUGGUGAGCUUUGUGCCACCACCACUUGACCAGGAGGAAAUGGAAUCCUGAGAACCUGUUUCUCUUUGUCCCAUAUCACUGUGAGGGGAACAUCUUUUUCAUAGGAAUUCUCCACAUAUUGUUCAAGUGCCUCUUGCCAUGAAGAUUCUCCUUGGGGGAGGAUGUGUGCACGUGUGUAUGUGUGCGUAUGUGUGAAUGUGUUGAAUGAAAAGGAAGGAAAAGAAAGAUUCAGAGGGGAAUAUUUAUACAGAACCUGUAUAAAAUUGCAUGUUCUCUUGUAUUUUUGUACACAGUUUGGGACAUGUUUCUACAGACCUGUAUUUGAUUGCUUUUUAGCCUUUACUGCUGAUAAUCAGCUUUCAUUGCUCUAGGUCUAGGCAGAUAGUAUGCAGGGAAGCUGAGAUUUCAGAUGCUCAGUAGAAAUUGUUGCCAUUAAAUGGCUCUUCUACCAAGAAAAGACUUAGAAAAUGGAAACUGAACUAUUACUUGAACUGUGCUCCCUGCUUUCCAAGAUGAGGGGGUAGAGGAUUUAUUUCAGUUACUUAUUCCCACAAAGUUUCCCCACUAUUUUAUAAUAGCAGAAAAGUUGACUCCUGAAUGUCUGGCUAUCUUUAAAAUGAAACAGGUGUUGUUGUUUUAAAAAAAAGUUUGUGCCUUAAAUCAGUGUUUCUCAACUUUGGCAGCUUUAAGGAAUAUGGCUUCAACUCCCAGAUUUCUCCAAUCUACAUUCUGGCUGGGGGCUUCUGGGAGUUGAAGUCCACACAUUUUAAAGUUUCUGAGGUUGAGAAGCACUGCCUUGAAUGACUGAGAGUAAAACUAAGUCUGAGUUAAUGGUCUCAAUAAUGGAAUUUGGAGGUUGUGUCUUUUUGAAGUACAGGCCUCAAAAUACCUAGGUAACCCUGCCUGAUUACUGUAAUCAAGACACAGAUAUUCCAGCCAUUCCUCAUGAAGCAAUUUCGUCAUUUCUCUUUCUUAUUUCUCUGCCCAACUCUGAGAUGUCUCACCUCUGCUAUGCUACUGUUUUCUAUACCAUCUUCAGAUGAAAUGUGGGUUUUUGCAUGUUGUAGCUGUACAAGCAUGUAUGCUUGCUUAUAUUAUUUUGGAAGAGGCAACUCAGCCAAUAAAUUAAUGUAUUCAGUUAUCAGAGUUAAAGCCAUACAAUUUAGCAUCCAUCUAACUUUGUCCAAUUUAUGGUUAAUAUUUUGGGCACUUUUAACAGGAAAGGAACUGAUAAAUAUGCAUCUUUCUUUAACUUUCUAUCUGUGGCUUUAAAAAUCAGUUCAUUUGUCAACUGGUAUGUGCCUAAAGAAGAACUCAGUUCAUUGUAUUCAUGAAUUCAAGAAACAUUUCUCUGCACAAGGAUGAGUGGGAGGCCUCAGUUCAAGUAUUUUGUGUUCAUCAGGUAUUCUGAAUAUCCAAUAACCUAUUUUUUAAAAUAUUUCCUGAGAUUUAUAUAAUGUAGGCAUCAUGCAUGAAUUGUAUGCCUAUUUGAAAGCUCUGCAAUAUUUUUGUUUUUUUCUGAUGGAUUUGGGAUUUUGUGUAUUUAUCCCUUUUGUACAGAAAAGCCUUUUUUAAAAAGGAAGGAAGGAAGGAAGGGGUUAUGUGGAUAAUGAAGCCAUCAGAUCCUUCCUUUCUCUUCAGUUCAGACCCUUCUGCAAAGACACCUUAGCUUGGGGUCCAGAGAACAAUGCUUCUUCAUGCUUCUUGUCCAGAGGCCUUCUGUAAACUAAACAAAAUCACCUCUCUGUUGAACCUGCGGUCUGGGAAUUCAGAUGGAAAUGUAGAUACAUUCUGUCAAAUAUACAGGAAAUUUAUUUUUAUCUGUCAUUUUAUUGUAGCUGUGACUUUCAUGCAUAAAUACUACAAAGGGAAUUUUAAAAAGCGUAAGUUUAUAUGUGAGUGAAACUCUCAAAGCUGAGAUUUUAGAUGGAGGGGCCCCUGUGGAGUGCACUCCUUGUUAGAACAAGAGAAAAUACACACUUUAAAGAGGAAUUCUGCUCUAACUGGUUUUGCCAAAUAGGAUAUCACUCAAUGCAAUUGGUUUUAAAAUAAAGUUAUUUUUCAGACUAAA